AUGAAGCUGAUAUUUUUAAUACCAUUACUCGCAUUAGUGAAUGGAGAAAAUGUAGCCGUUUGUAAAGCAUCAACUGAUUGUGCUUCUUGCUCCGAGUCCUACAUUCACGUUUUUGGAUUCAAAGAAAACUGCAGAUGGUGCGUUGAAUCACAGACUUGUGGAGGACCCCUUUCUUGUCCUUUUGGGAAACCAGUUGUGCAACGAGAAUCUUUUAGAUGCCCAGUAAAGUUUCCAACAACAAAGGGUAAACGGUACACGGACCGUUUGGGAAGAUCCCUUUUUGCGGUGGCUCUCUCCGUUCGAGAUGCGAAUGCAACUGAGUGUCUGUUGAAUAGUCGACCGGAUAUUAAUCAUGUCAAAACCUACGAAGUUGAAUGCGACCAAUCACAUAAUAUGUGCUCCGGAUUGCUCGCUGUUUCCGAAGAGGCCAAAGCUAUUUAUGUGGCAUACAAGGGGCAUUCUCUUGAUAAACAGUUAUUCACCGAAUUUGUACAUUCACUGGUAGCCCAACUUGGUGCUUGGGAGAAAUUUGAAAAUGGUACAGGAGUGAUUACCUAUUUUCAUCAAGCUUGGAAUCGACUUUUUAUUGAUGGUGGAAUGAAAAAGGAUUUAAUGGAAAUGAAGAAGAAGUUUCCAAAUUACCGAAUAUGGCUUACAGGACAUUCACUUGGAGGAUCACUUGCUUCAAUGACAGCUCUUCAUCUUGUCGUCAAUAAACUUGUCGAGCCUUCUAGGGUUCGUUUGGUGACUUUCGGUGAACCAAGAACAGGAAACGUCGCUUUUGCAAAGGCGAUUGAAAACAACAUUGAGUUCAGAUAUCGAAUCGUCAAGAGAAAUGACUUUGUGACAAACAUUCCUGGGUCAUUGGACCCGAAUGGUUUGAUGGUUACGAAUGCAGUUUUUGAUCGGCAACCUCUUUUCUAUCGAUUUCUUGUUCAUUAUGAUAACAAUAUGGAGAAAAAUGAUGGCUAUAAAAUUUGUGAAAUGUCCGAUGAUCAUGGUUGUCGCAAUCUCGCUCUUGCCGCAGAUUUCAAUGAUCACAUAACCUACUUUGGAAUUAAGCAUGAUGAAUUUCUUGCUCAAAGAUGCAAAAAAGAUCUUUUAAUC